CAGGGGCUUACCACGCAUCCAGAGCUAGAGCCAUUUCAUACACCCGUGACUUGUCCGAUGGAACCAUUUCUCACCUUAGUGGAAGUUCAGCAGGGAUGCCUGUGCCAUUGCAAUUUAGAAACCCCUAUAAGAUGAGAGUACCAGAAACUGUCUUGCUCCAGGAACUUAUCUAUUGUUUCCAAGGAAUAGGAGGAAGAGUUUUAAUAGAGGAUCCUGUCUCACAAGGCUUCAAGAUAGAUUCAAAGGUGGACCUUGUUCCAGCAGUUAAGCAGCGAGUUCUCCAUUUAGCAGAGGUUGGGUGGCUGUACAAUAAAUUGAGACAAUUUUGUGAUACCACAAGACCAGCUGGACGUAUUAGCGAGAGUCUUGUAGUUGGCGUCCGCGAUGAACUGACAGAGUACUACAGAUUGAUUGCUGUUCUACGCUCCAAGUUACAGAAGCACUUGGAUGCUGCUGUUGAUUCAUCACCGACAGAACAGCAGCUGCAACCAUUUACGCUGAAUCAGAUGGCAAUAUGCAUGCGGAGUCCGAUGUGGAGACUGCAGCUAUUGCUGUCACUAGUAGAAGCAUGUCGUGGUCGUUGCGGUGGUGCUCUUGCAUCUUCUGUUCACAGCUUUCUACAUCAUGGUGAUCCAAAUAUCCGUCAUUGUGUUCGCAUACUCCUAGCUUCAGUAUGUCGUCCUUUGUUCAUAAUGCUAAGUAAGUGGAUUUUGGAUGGAGAAUUGGAGGAUCCUCACAAUGAAUUCUUCAUAGCUGCAAAUCCAGGUGUUAAAGGCAACCGCUUGUGGCAUGACAAGUAUUAUGUCCAGGAAUCUCUUGUUCCUAGUUUCAUAUCUCUGGAACAAGCUUGUAAAAUUCUUGCCACAGGCAAGAGCAUCAACUUUCUUCGUGAAGUAUGCCAAGAUCACGGCCCUAUAAAAGGUCGUGCAGCCCUCCGACGCACUUUGGAAAGCACAAGCGUGGAAGCGCUUUUUGUCGAGGACCAGGAUGGAGAGCUGCAGGUUAUGUUAGAGCAAGCGUACCGUGAAACAUCUAGACGUGUUCUGGAUGUUCUCAACAAUAAGUACAAAUUCAUGGACCAUCUGCAAGCUCUGAGGAGGUAUCUCCUCCUAGGCCAAGGAGACUUCAUUGGGCACCUUAUGGAGCUACUUCAGCCAGAGUUGGCAAAGCCAGCUUCUCAAUUGUCUCCUCACAAUUUAUCUGCAAUUCUUGAAUCUGCAGUCCGUUCUACAAGUGCCCAGUAUGAAGAUGAAGAUAUUCUUAGUAGACUGGAAGUGAGAUUACUAGAAAUAUCAGGAGGAGAUACUGGGUGGGACGUGUUCACAUUGGACUACAAUGUUGUAGGUCCCAUAGGAACAGUUCUUGCUAUGAAUAUGUCAACGUACUUGAUGCUGUUCAAUGCUCUUUGGCGAGCUAAGAGAAUGGAAUUUGUAUUAAGCCUGGCAUUCAAACGGCAGUUGACAGCUGCUAAGCAGAUGAAAUGUCUACCUGGAAUGAAGCCUUUAUUGCAGAGAUUACAUCUCUUAAUUUCCGAAAUGGUGCACUUCGUACAUCAAGUGCAGUACUACACCCUAUUUGAGGUAUUGGAAUGCUCCUGGGAGGCAUUUAACAAGGAAGUGCAGCAAGCAGAAGGCUUGGAUGAUGUUAUUAGAGCACAUAAUGCAUUCCUAGCAAAAGUUCAAGCAGGAGCUUUACUAGAUGAAGGAACACAGAGUUUGGCAGCCCACUUGCGGUCUGUGUAUGGUUUGAUGCUACAGCUGCAAAGCCUAGAACAAGAAUUGCAUGACAGAGCAUCAGAGGAGCUGGAAGCUCGUAAGGAAUAUGAGAAGCUAGUUGAAAAUUCUGGCAUGGACAGUAAAAUGGAGGAAAGGGAAUCUGCAAGGGUGAAUGACUUCGUAAAUAAGUUCCUGCCUCGCAUGCGGACUCAAUUGAACAUAUUGGCAAAAAGCUAUCAGGAUAUGGUGAAGAAGUUCUUGCUCAUGUUGACAACUCAACCAAAUGAAAUGUUGCAGCUGUUGAGCUUCCGUCUCGACUUCAACGAGCACUACCAGAGACUAGAUUCAAGGCUAAAUGUACCUCUCACAUUCCAACAUCGUCGUCUCAGUUUGGGAGGAAAGCAUCUGUCUCAAACAUGA